AUGGGUUUACACAGCUACCAGCAGCCUCGUCUCCCGGGGCGGGGGCGAGGGGGCAAAGACUGGCGGCCCGCGCCUGGGGUGCCGCGGGAGGCACCGAGGCCCGGGCUGUGCCCCUUUGGCCGCCAGCCCAGCCGCCCUCGGAGGGAAAGUUGUUGCUCAACCUUGAGGAAUGCGGAGCCCAAGCGGCGGCGAGAGGAAGUGGCGGGAGAUUACGGCGACAGCCGCCGGGGACCGCGCUGGGGCGGCGCGCGGCGAACUUCGCCCAAGUGUAAACAGCCGACCGGGCAGGGGAAGCGGCGCCACCCGACGCCCGGGCCCGCCCGCAGCCGGGAGGUGACAACCACGCGGGCGGCCGCCUGCGCAGCGCGGGGCUGCGAUGGCCUAAGCCGGGCGCCCGCCCCCAGGGCCGCUGGGGAACGCGGGGCAGAGGCAGGCCCCAGGACCCGGCAAGAGCCAUCACCGUCCUCUGAAGGCGGCAGGGAGUUUUGGAUUUUCUGUUCACGAUCGGUCUCCCACGCCGAAGGGUGCCUCGUGAACAUAGUAGGCGCUCAAGAAACAUUUUGGAGAGAGGAGGAGAGGAACUGGUCCUCGAGCAGAAUGGCCUCCCGCAUGGUUCUUAAUGUUGUGGCAAGAAGGGAAAUUCCCAGAAUGAGCCAGUUUGGCAGCACGGGCAACGGCGUCAAUCGGGGAUGCUGCAGACGGCUUGGGUUUGCACCAGUUACUAGCUGGUUGACUAGCUCACGUGACCUUACUUCUCUGCUCCUUAGUCUCUUCUACUGUUAUGUGGAAUAAAGUCCCCACCUA